AUGGAUCAAAAAAUUAAGAUGCUUUUUUUUAUAAAAAUUUCUACAUUUAUGCUUUUAACUUGGAUAUUCCAUUUUAACAGUGAAUUGAGUACAUUUAACAAAUUUAUCAAUAAAAACUAUAAACUUAGUAAAAAAUUAGAUACAAGAAGUUAUCGAAUAUUGAGAAAAUAUAAAAAAGAUAACAAUUCAAAUAAUGUAUUUUUAAAAAAAAUGUUUGUAAAUAAUGGGGGAAAUAAUGAAGGAGAUAUAUCUAAUAAUGAAAAGUGCAGAAAAGGAAAAAACAACCAAUUAAACAGAUGUUUAUUAAAUAAAGUACAAUACUAUACUGAAGUUAUAGAUUAUAAUAAUGGGAUGUUUGAUGGAAAACAUUUCCAUUUUCAAAAAAAAUGGAUUAAAAAAAAAGAUCAUGAUGAUUUUCUCGAAAAAAACAGAAGAAUUUGUGAUAUAACUUUAAAGAAAAUAAAAUUUAGAAAAUACCGAUUUGGAGUUGCUAUAUUUAUUAUUUUUUUAUUUUUGGGAAUAGCAUUAGCAGUAUUACCAAAAUUACCGUUUAUGAAGAGUGUAUGGAGAUCAAUUGAUAGUUUAUUAACAAACCCUCUGAAAGAAGCUAUAAAAACUGCGCAAAAAUAUGUAAACAACUAUCUUUAUUUAAUAUUAUAUACUGCAUUUUUUGUUAUAUUAUCUAUUAUGCUUAUAAUAGGGAUCUAUAAGAUGUUAAGGAAUAAUGAAAAAUAUAACAAAAUUAAGUUAAUAACAGAGUAA